AUGACCAUCUAUAUUGCUUCAUUGUUCCUCCCGUAUACCGCCAAUUUCUAUCUCCCCGAGUCCAGAAACCGUGUCCUUCGUCCAUCUAAUGCCUCCCCUCCAUCGGAGGUCAUCUCGGAAUCCGUCAGCCCCGCGCCCACGGCAUCCGUCAGUCUCUUCGAAAAAGGAAAUACCAACGAGAAGGUCGGCCUCACUCCCGGCGCGACAACCGACCAUGAACGGAUCUUCUCGGCGGAGCUGUCCAAGGCUGAGAAGAAUCGGACAGGCUACCCUUUUCCCGCCCAGGUCGAUGACGUAGCGCUCCUCACCGAAAGUGAAGCGCAUUCCCCCGCAUGGGGUUCGACCUUGUCUCUCAACCAGCCUCGCCCGCGAUCCGUUGUCCCGCCGUCUCCAUCCAUCCUCAAACACCAGGAGCCCGUCGUGGUCGAGACUGAAGCUCCCCGGGAUAAGGUGCGCACGCUCCAGCCGCCUGGACCCAUCCCGCUAUACUUCAAUAAACAGCGCCGAGAUUCCUCCCGCAAGGCCUCGUUCUCCGGCGCCGAAUGGACGAUCGAGACCGCCGAGCAGGGCAAUGGUGGGCUGCGCAAUGCCGUGCGCUCCGCUGCAGACGCCGGACAAUUGGAGGACCAAGUCUGGGUCGGCACGCUGGGCAUGCCGACCGAUGCCUUGUCCAACUACACUAAAAUCGCCAUUGCAGAGAAGCUGGAAGACGAGUAUGGGUCGUUGACCGUCUACGUCAGUGAUGGCGAUUUCGAUGGCCACUAUACCCACUUCUGCAAAACCAUCCUCUGGCCGGUUUUUCACUAUCAGAUCCCGGACAACCCCAAGAGCAAGGCCUAUGAAGACCAUUCGUGGGUUUACUACGUCAAAACCAAUCAGGCCUUCGCCGAGCGGAUUGCCCGCAAUUGGAAGCGGGGGGACUCCAUCUGGAUCCAGGACUACCACCUGCUGCUAGUGCCCGCCAUGCUGCGGAAACUGCUUCCUGACGCUCAGAUCGGGUUUUUCCUGCAUAUUGCCUUCCCCUCGUCCGAGGUGUUCCGCUGCCUCGCGCCGCGGAAAGAGCUCCUUGAGGGGAUGCUGGGGGCGAACCUGAUCGGAUUCCAGACGGAAGAGUACUGUCGCCACUUCCUCCAGACCUGUAGCCGCAUUCUCUCCGUGGAGGCGACCAAUGAAGGAGUCCAACUCGAAGAUCGGUUCGUGAACGUACACAAAUUCCCCAUUGGCAUUGAUCCCACCUCAUGGGACAAGCGGCGACAAGCGGCCGAUGUGGAGGAAUGGAUCCAGACCAUCUCCGAACGCUACGAAGGGAAACGACUGAUUGUGUCUCGAGACAAGAUUGACGGAGUGCGUGGUAUCCGGCAGAAGCUGCUGAGCUACGAACUUUUCCUCAAUACGUAUCCUGAAUGGAGGGAUAAGGUGGUCUUGAUCCAAGUCGCCACGAGCACCACCGAACAGCCGGAAUUGGAGGCGACGAUUUCGGAUAUCGCUAUGCGGAUCAACUCGGAAUUUUCAACCCUUGCGCAUCAGCCACUGGUAUUUCUGAAGCAGGACCUCGCUUUCCCGCAAUACCUGGCGCUGAUUUCUGUUGCGGAUGCUCUGAUGAUUACCAGUUUGCGCGAGGGAAUGAACCUGACUAGCCAUGAGUUUGUCUAUUGUCAGGACGGGAAAUACGGAAACAAGAAAUAUGGAUCCCUUAUCCUGAGCGAGUUCACCGGCAGUGCGUCCGUCUUUGGGAACCAUGCUCUUCUGGUCAACCCGUGGAACUACCGACAGUGUGCGGAGGCGAUCCAUACGGCCCUCUCGCGGAGUGAGGAAGAGCGCAAGCAAGUGUGGAUGGAGCUUCACCGAGCGGUGCUUCAGAAUUCCACCUCCAACUGGGUCAAGUCGUUCAGUGAGACGCUGAGCCGGGUAUGGAAUGAGCAGUCCUCUCGGGAGAUUAUGGCGGUUCCACGGCUGUCGUUCAACAAGCUGCAACUCCACUAUGGACAAGCGGCCCGGCGGUUGAUCAUCGUGGAUUACGAAGGCACACUGGCUUCGUGGGGUUCCCCGAAGAGCAUCAUCGUCACCACACCCCAGCGGGCGAUCACGGCGCUGACGGAACUGACCGACGAUCCCCGGAAUAUCGUCUUCGUGAUGAGCUCUCGGAUGCCCGAGGAGAUGGAGCGGCUGUUCCGGAUGGUGGCCAACCUCGGACUCAUUGCGGAGAACGGCUGCUUUGUGCGCGAGCCCGGCACGGAAGAAUGGUUCAAGUUGACCAACAAAGAGCAGACGGACGCGUGGAAGGAGGCGGUUCAACAGAUUUUGGAAUACUAUCAAGAGCGGUCCGAAGGUAGCUGGAUUGAGCAGCGGCACUGUUCGCUCAUGUUGCAUUACGGAUCGGCGGACGACCAGGCGGCGGCGUGCCGGUUGGCGGCCGAGGCAGCGGGCCAUAUCAACGACGCCUGCGCCAACCAAGGGGUGCACGCGGUGCUGGUGGAUGGUGCCUUGGUAGUGGAACCGGGCGACACCAACAAGGCGUCGGCUGCGGCCAUGGUCUGGCGGCACUGUCUGCAGCGGAGCGAGAAGGACUCAUCGUACGGCCGGCCGGAGUUCCUCCUCGCCAUUGGUGACGGGCGCGAUGAUGAGCCGGUGUUCCGGUGGGCGAACAAAUUGGCGAGCGCGAACGCGGUAGAAUACGCCAUGACUGUGACGCUGGGCUCUCGCAGCACCGAGGCGAAGGCGACCCUGACGCAGGGAGUGACGGGGGUCCUCUCCGUGUUGGAGCGACUGGCGGCGACGCAAUAA